UUUUCCACCAAAUAUAGAGACCACUUGACCAACUUAUAAGAAAUUGAUAACUCAAAUACUUAGUGUGUUUCUCUAAAUAUCUGCUACUAAAUAGAUAGCUCUUUAAAAAAUUGAAGAUCAUAUUGGGAGUGAAAUGGAGUUUCUUCAUCGUCGUUUUGGGAGGAGUUCAAUGACCCGCAAUUGAUUUUCCACCGAAUGCGCCGGUGAUGAUUGAUGAGUAGAAACUAGAAAUCUCCAUUGUAGCGAUUUUCAUGGCGGGAACGGGAUUUGGUGGCGCAACGGCACCAACGCCACUGGUUAGAUCGUGGAGGACCGCCUUUUUGACGCUGAGGGAUGAAACCCUAACGAAUCCUCCCCGCACUUCCACAUCUCAAAUGCUCCACAAUCUCAUUUUCUCUCAUUCUCAUACUCUAUUGUGUGCUGCUCCCGAACUUCCUUCUCACGAGGUUUUAUCGGACAUUGUGUUUAUGAUGGAAUUGGUUGCUGCUACUUCUUCAGAUGAAGAAGACUGUAUUCAUAUUUAUACUCAGACAUCACGCAUGAUCCAUGAUAUAUGUCGACACGUUUCGUUCAAAAUUACUGGCUCAUCUUUCAGUAGUGUUCUUGGUUAUUUUGGGAAGAUGCUGGAUCGGUUUCUCGGACCAAAUGGAAUUUGCAGAACCGCAGCAAUAGUUCCUGCUGUUGAAUGCCUGCAGGCUAUUAGAUGUAUCAUUACUCUAUCUCAUCGAAGAUGGUUGCAGUCUGAAGAUACUAUACUAGUUAAAUUUCUACUUGAUGUUAUUGUUAGCUCUCAAGGUGUGUCAUUUUGGAUGCCUCAUUCAGCAUACAAAGAAAGAUUGGCAGAGAUUAGUAUGAGUUUUUCCACAGAAAGCAGUUCAAGUGAGCUACAGACAGUAGCUUUUGAGUUGCUCAGCGAAGCAAUCUCAAGAGCUGGGUCAUCUUUCCCGGUUGAUAUCUGGAGAUCAAUGCUUGAGGUGGUCAGAAAAACAAUGGAUGUCAUGGCAUUAAAAACCCCAGUUGUGGAAGAUCGUGCAAUGUCCAGAUUUUAUGAAUCUUUACUGAGCUGUCUGCAUCUGAUCCUUACUGAUCCUAAAUGUUCUGUAUCUGAUCAUGUGUCAGUUUUUGUUGCUGUGCUGCGAAUGUUCUUAAAUUAUGGACUUCCGGGUAGAACCCCAAGUACUUUGCUAGUUGGCCAUACGGACAUGGGUCUUAAUAAUGUAAGUCCUAUGGCACACAGGGAGCAACUGAACAAGUCAGAUCAUAGUGUAUAUAGGCCUCCACACUUGCGCAAACGGGACUGCUCAAAUGUGAAGCCCAAUAGAGCUAGGUAUUCUCAAUGUAUCUCUGAUAAUGAAACUUCUACUAUCAAUGUUACAUCUUCAGAUUCAGAUUUUAGUGAUGGAGAUGGAUCAGCUAAAGAGAGUGCUAGAGGGCAGAACUCUAGGGUUAGAGUUGCUGCUAUAAUUUGUAUACAGGAUCUUUGUCAAGCUGAUUCUAAAUCUCUCUCAAUGCAAUGGUCCUUGCUUUUGCCAACCAGUGAUGCACUACAACCAAGGAUGCGUGAUGCAACUUUAAUGACUUGCUUGCUAUUUGAUCCUUGUUUGAAGGUACGUAUGGCGUCAGCAUCAACACUAGUGGCCAUGUUGGAUGGUCCUUCUUCCAAUUUUCUGCAAGUAGCCGAAUACAAAGAGUCUAGCAAAAUUGGAUCUUUUACUGCACUUUCAAGCUCUCUUGGGAAAAUUUUAUUGGAAAUUCAUAGAGGUAUUCUUUACUUAAUACAGCAUGAAGCUCGUGGUAAAUUGCUGGCAUCGUUGUUCAAGAUUAUCAGGCUUGUGAUAUUGCAUACGCCAUAUUCAAGAAUGCCAUCAAAUUUGUUGCCUACUGUUAUUACUUCUCUUAGGACAAGGAUUGAAGAAGGGUUUCGGUACAAAAGUGACCAGAAUAAUCUGCUGGAUGCUGCAGUUGGUUGUUUGACAUUAGCCCUGUCUAUUUCACCAUCCUCUGCUCAAGUAAGGAAGAUGCUCUAUGAUGAGGUUUCUUCAGGUUAUCUUGAGACUGAAAAGAAGUCGGGGGUUCUUUCUUUGUUAUUUGAAUAUUCAUCGCAAAGAAGUUGCCCAAGCAUUUGCCUUGAAGCUCUUCAGGCACUUAAAGCAGUAUCCCACAACUACCCUAGCAUAGUGACUGCAUGCUGGGAGCAAGUUUCUGCUACUGUAUAUGGCUUCCUUAGUAUUGUAUGUUCUGAAGUUUCUUCAAAGCAGUCAAGUGAACAUGUUGGGAGUCCAACUGCUUUUAUUAAUGAAAAAGUUCUUAUCACUGCUAUUAAGGUUCUAGACGAGUGUCUUCGGGCUGUGUCUGGAUUUCAAGGAACAGAGGAUCUUUCAGAUGAUAAAGUGGUGGAUGUUCCUUUUACAUCCGAUUGCAUUAGGAUGAAGAAAGUGUCAUCUGCUCCAUCUUAUGAACUAGAGUGUAAAGAUGAUGAUGCAGUUAGCUCUGAAGAAUGUGAAUCUGGAAUUAAGCAAUGGUGUGAGGCAAUGGAGAAGCAUAUGCCUCUUAUCUUAUGUCACUCUUCUGCAAUGGUGAGGGCUACAUCUAUUACAUGUUUUGCGGGUAUGACUUCAUCUGUGUUCAUCUCUUUCACAAAGGAGAAGCAGGACUUCAUUUUGUCUUCUUUAGUCUAUGCUGCUGUACAUGAUAAUGCAUCAUCAGUGAGAUCUGCUGCCUGUCGAGCCAUUGGUGUCAUUUCUUGUUUUCAACAAGUGUGUCAGAGUGCAGAGGUACUUGACAAGUUUAUCCAUGCUAUUGAGAUAAACACUCGAGAUGCCCUAAUCUCAGUGAGGAUAACAGCUUCAUGGGCUUUGGCAAAUAUAUGUGAUGCCAUUCGUCACUGUGUUAAAACUCUUCACUUUGGACAUAUGGAUUCAAACUCCAACCCCCAGUUUAUUGUGUCAUUGAGCGAAUGUGCUUUGCGUCUUACAGAUGAUGGGGAUAAGGUGAAAUCUAAUGCUGUGAGGGCUCUUGGGUAUAUUUCACAAAUCUUCAAUUGUUCAACAUCAAGAUCUCAAGAAAUGUCAGGGAACAGCCUUGACCAAAAGACUGAGGCCCCUCUCACUAUUGAGAAUUUAAUCACGUGUCAACAGAGCCUAUUGGAUUCCCUUGAUGAUUUUCAUAGGCUGGAGAAAAUAGUUCAGGCAUUUAUUUCCUGCAUUACUACGGGGAAUGUUAAGGUCCAGUGGAAUGUUUGUCAUGCUCUAGGAAACCUAUUCUUGAAUGAGACAUUAAGGCUGCAGGACAUGGAUUGGGCUCCGGUUGUGUUUGGUAUUCUUCUGCAGCUGUUGCAUAAUUCAUCAAAUUUUAAGAUCAGGAUACAAGCUGCUGCGGCAUUAGCUGUGCCUUUGUCAGUGCAAGAUUAUGGUCAAUCAUUCCCGGGCAUUGUGAGAUCCAUAGAGCAUGCAAUGGAGAAUAUAGAUCAGGACCCAAUUUCAGGGCCUUCCAAUUUCAAGUAUAGGGUUUCAUUACAAAAACAGCUUACCUUGACAAUGUUACACGUUCUACGCCUGACCUCAAAUACAAAUGAUGAAUUGUUGAAAGAUUUUCUGGUGAAGAAAGCAUCCAUCCUUGAAGACUGGCUCAAGGGGCUAUGCUCAUCCAUUGGAAGCAUGAUUGAUGCUCAAGAUAAAUCCAUUGCAGACCGAAAGAAAGUAAUGAUAUCCAGCGCAAUACAAUCGUUGAUAGAAGUGUACAGAGACAAACAAGAGUUUGCAAUUGCUCAAAAGUUUGAGGAAUUGAAGAAUAACAUAUGAAUGUGAAGUAGCAAAUUGAGAGGGGAUCAUGUAAUGAUUUGUUUGAGGCCUACCCGUCAAAAUUUUACUAUUCUAGGCAAGAAUUUCUAGCAGGUGGGAUGAAUUGGCUCGGGAGCCAAACAAAUGUAAUCUUGGCAAGAGAUCAAGUUUUGAUGGAGAUCAGUCGAGAUAAUUUAUUUGAUAAAGCAAUCUAUGAAUGGAUGGAUUAGCUAUACCAAUGUUAAAGAAUCUGUUGUUCUCAACAAAAUGAUCGAGUGUGCCUAACUUUUUUUUCUAUUUUUUUCUUUUUAUUGUAAUGCCAAAGAUUUCCGGAUCAAAUUAUGUUUUUUUGACAAAGUAAAUUAUGUUUGUUACCGUUAUGUUAGUAUUUUUUUUUUAUGGGUUA